AUGAAAGCUGCUCGGGCUGUGCGCGUGCCCCGCGGGCAGGCCACCAUCAACCGCGCCAACACUCGUCUGGUGAGCGGUACUGGUAACGUCAAGUCGUCUGUUGCCGCAACUGCAAACAAUGUCUGGCAGCCACUAUCACCGCCAACUCCUCGCAAGGCGUUGAAUGCGCCACUUGCCAAACUUCCCUUAUCAUCUGUCCUGCGCUCGCUGUUGGUGCUAUCAGUGUCAUCCUCUCCACUUUUGCUCAAGCCUUGCAUCUACACUCUAUCAUUGUUGGCAAACCCUCGCUCUGCGCUGUGGGAUGUUUCCAAGAACCCACUGCUGAACUUCUUGGUGAAGCACACUAUUUACAAGCAAUUCAACGCUGGAGAAAGCAAAGUCGAGGUUCAGAAAUCUAUUGAAAAUAUCAAGGGUCUCGGAUGUCGAGGAGUGUUGCUUGGUUAUGCUCGGGAAGUCUUGGUUGGAGAAAACGAAGACGCUGCGUAUGACGAGAAGGCUGCUCUUGCUGAGAUUCAAAUGUGGUUUGAUGGUACCAUGCGCACAGUCGAUAUGGCUCAGCCGGGAGACUUUGUUGCUCUGAAAUUCACCGGUAUGGGUACCGAUGCCCUUCGCCUCCUCCAGAAGGAAGCCGCGCCAUCUGAAUUCAUGGACGCUUCUAUCCUGAAAGUGUGCGAUUUGGCGAUCUCCCGUGGUGUUCGUUUGCUCGUUGAUGCCGAGGAGCAGGCUGUCCAGCCCGGUAUUGAGGCGUGGAUCAUGAAGUACCAGAAGUACUGUAACUCGCAGACCCCUGGCCGCGCCAUCUUCUAUGGUACCUACCAAGGCUACCUCCGUUCAACACCUUCCACUCUGGCCCGUCACCUUGAGACCGCUCGCAGCGAGGGAUACACUCUGGGUGUCAAGCUGGUCCGCGGUGCUUACAUGAAGACUGAGCCUCGCCACCUGAUCUGGGCUAAGAAGGAAGAGACUGAUCAGUGCUACGAUGAGAUCGUUGAGGCUCUUCUGACCCGCAAGUACAACUCCAUGCUGCAGUCUCCCUCCCAGGACCCAUCUGUUCAGCUGCCACCUGUCAACGUGAUCAUUGCCACCCACAACCGUGAAUCUGUUCGCAAGGCCCACGCCAUUCGUGUGCAGCAGGCUGCCCAUGGAGAAGACUACGGUGUUGAUCUAAGCUACGCACAGCUUCAGGGUAUGGCUGAUGAGGUGAGCCUUGAGCUUCUUCAGGGCUUUGAGAGUGCCGAGGCCAGUGUCGGUGCCACGCCCAUGGCGGCCCCCAACGUUUUCAAGCUUUUGACUUGGGGAUCUGUCAAGGAGUGCAUGGGUUUCCUUUUGCGCCGUGCCAUCGAGAACACUGAGGCUGUCGGACGUACCAAAGACUCCCAGGUGGCAAUGUUCGGUGAAUUGAAGCGCCGGAUGAUUGGAGGCAGCAAAUAG